CAGGACUGCUACAGAAGCCCACGGGCUCCAUUUUUUCCCCUCAUGGAAUUUCGCGCGUCUGCUGCUUUAGCUUUUCCACACAACCGCGGUAAUCUAAUGAAUAAUUCUCUUCACUUCCCCUCAUAGUUUGAUUUUUGGAAUACUACGCUUCAUCCCGCGGAAAUGAACGUCCUUUAAUUUAUUUCAUCUAUGAGGAGGCUGGUACUGGAGAUUCGGCGUCGGGCGUGUAGCGUCACGGGCGGUGUGUCAUUCCACACAGAUCGCAUGUUGAUCACGAAGCCGCUUGAUUCCGAGCUUCGCUAUCUGCGAGACGUGGCAGAUAUUCUCAUUUAAAGGGUUCUUUAUUUUUUCAAAGGAUACAAAUGUAACCAUUUUUGUCUGGUAUAACGGAUAGUGUUCUGGAAGCAGGAUGUCCUUCUACGCCGUCAUUAUACCGGUCCUCUAUAUUAUUUUCUCUGCUUGGCAGGUGAGUGCAAAUGAGGACUGCUUGUGGUAUGUGGACAAAAAUGGCACCUGGCACAAUGGCUUUGACUGCCCACUCAUAACCUUCUGCUGUGGGAACUGUCACCGCCGUUACUGCUGCCUGGAUGGCUUCAAGAUGAUCACAGAGGCGGGACAGAAGCGCUGCAUGCUGUUCCAUCUCAGCCCUUCCACUAUAGCUGGCAUUGCUUCAUCGAUCCUGCUCUUUGUGGCUGCUAUAGCAACCAUGGUCUGUUGCUUCAUGUGUUCCUGUUGUUACCUUUACCAGCGCCGCCAGCAACGUGGCAGAACUCCUUAUGAAGCCCAGCACAUUCCAAUGGCCAGCUAUCCUGUGGAGCAUAUGUACGAUGCUUAUGGUAAACCCAUUGGACAUCCUGAUUAUCCUGGAUUUCCAAUGGUGCCGCAGUAUCCGGGUGUCCCUCACCAGUAUCCAAUGAUGCCCCAGGGUCCUUAUCCUCCUAAUCCUCCUGAUGCAGGAUACAGUCAAGCAGCUCCUCCGCCGUACUCCCCUCCCCAAUACCCAGGGCACUGAAAGAGCUGGAGUCCCUCAGUGAGAAGAAGAUAACCCAUACAAUGGGUGAUGAAGAGGGCCCAUGAUUGUUUGGAAUCCCUUGUAUGAGAAGCGGUUAAAAAAAAAGAAGAUUUAUGUUAUUUAUUUCUCGAUUAGUUUGUGGAGUGAAGCAUGAACUGACUUCGGAAUCGCCUCAUGCGUCGGAGUGUUUUCUUGUUUGAUGUACAGCUUUCACGUUUCACUAAUCAGCAAGACUCUUCCCACUUAAAUCCAGCAACUCACAGACCUAAAGACUGCUUUAAAUUUGCCAUUAUAUUUUGUUCAAACUCUCUAAAAUGGACCAUUAAAUAUGGCUGUCCUGCAGAAGAGACUGGCUGACAGUAUCCAGGAUAUCAUUCUCUGUUCAGCCAAAUACGAAGCAGCGUGUGACAUUUGCACUUUACUCUGCAAUAGACAUGCUUAGCUGUCUCUCCCUGCUUGUUUGUUCAAAUUGUAUUUAUUUUACCGCUAAUCUGAGUAUGUCAUAUGCAUCAUUAACACCAAAUCAUGCAGUGCGCUUUUCAUGUCUUAUAGACAGUUACCAUGCAGUAUGUAAAUAAGAAAGAACUUACAUUAAGAAAGAAUUUCAUGUUUCAUGGCAUCCUCACAAGCAACCAAAACUAAAUUCUGUGCAUUUGCAGUUCGUUAUCUGUUGUUAGAUCAGGCUUGAGGUUGAGCUGUAAUGUUAACAGCCCUUAGAAUUGCAUGUCUUUUAUUGUAUCUCUUGCUUCCUAGGCCAGCUGUCAAGGAUGUUUGCAUUUAGUUAGAUGUCCGAUUUUAUUUGUUUCAAAAAGGUUUUUGAUCUAUAAAACAUUUCACAUUAAUUUAUGUUGUUUUGUUACAUCCUCACAGCGAGGCAAAUUUAAGUCCCUUUAGGCAAGUCCGUUCACUCAGUCAUUUUUGUAACGCCAACAUGCAGCUAUUUCCAGCCAUAUACAGCUCCUCUUUACUUGAAUAGGGAAAUACUGAAAUCUGUUUGUCAAAAUUACUUUCAUAGAAAGUUAUUAAAAAGUUAUACAUUAAAAAAAAUUCCCAUUGACUUUUUAACUGUAAAGGUGUGGUCAAAUUUACCAUUGUUCUGCGAAUUUUCGCAUGAGAAAUCAAGUCAUUUAAUGGGAAUCCCCAUGAAUAUGAAUUUUGCGUUCACGUUGUGCCACUUUGACCAACAGUCAAUGUUUGAAAGUGACUUUUGUUUGAGCUGUGCUUCAUACUUCGCUACAUUAUUAACAAUAGAUAAUGGAAUUUUUUUGCAUGUGAAAUUUCGCUAAUGCAACUGCACCUUAAGGUCGGACUUCCGUUGCAGCCAUAUUGAGUGAUUUUCCCCAUUUAUAUAAGCACGAGUGGACAUCUCUGCCUUAAUUACUUCAUCGUAAGUUAGUUUUCAAGGGUAGAUUAGAAUGUAAAUGAAAAGAAUUAUACAUCUCAUUAAAAGAAUCAGUUGUCAAUUGUCAGGUACAUUUGAGAUGUUUAAAUGAUUUCUGCUACCUCCUCAUCUCACAUCUGUAAGAUUCGUUUUGAUGCUUUGUCCACUGUUUAAAUAACGUGUUAGUUAUUUGAAAUAAUGUAUAUUUAACAGUGUUGUUUUUGCUAUAUACAGCAUAUGCUACUGUAUUUGUCACUCUGGAAUGUGAAGUACAAAUAAGAAAAGGAACUAUAAAGAGAAAUUUUUACAAUGUGUAAUAUUAACAGGUACUAUUUUAAAUUGGGGGGUGGCAAUUAAUAGGCAACUAGUGUUUGAACUUGCACUAAUCAUCCUAUAAGAGAGGUCUAAUUGAACAGACUGGACAAGGAGUAUUGCAUAAUUCUUUCUUUUGUUUUCUUCUCUUUUUUUACAAUAAAAACAGACUUGAC